AUGGCCGAGUUGUUAAGACGCCUGCCCCAGCCACGGCAGAGCUUAGAGGUGGCCGAUGCUACAGUGGGAUCGUUCAAAGCCUCGACAACCACUGAAACUGCCAUUGUUGCAGCUAGUCGUGGUCCGCCCCCAUACGGACGGCGGAAAGGCUGGACCCCCAGAAGCUUAGCCGACUUCGGAGAUGGCGGAGCCUUUCCCGAGAUCCACAUGGCCCAGUAUCCACUGGACAUAGGCAAAGCUGGCAAGACGCACCAGCAGGUGGUCGCCCUGCAAACCGACAACACCGGUAAGAUCGCGUGGGAUGCCGUGAUCAAGCACAAGUCGGACAAGCUGGCUGUGUGGACGCGGCCAGAAGACUCCCGAGAGAAAUGGUCGAAGCCCGAGGAGCUGGAGAGGCCCUCGCUGGAAAUCGACAUCCUCAACACGGAACGGACGCAGAAGGCUUUGGAAAUGGCGCUCAAUGGCAAAAUCCAAGCGGGAGUGCCAAAGAAGCAGGAGCAGAAGGAAGCCGAGUUCAUCCGGUACACUCCGAACCCGAACGCGCCUGGCUACACCCCCAACUGCCGCGAGCGUGUCAUCAAGCUCGUGGAGCGACCAGUGGAUCCUUUCGCACCUCCGAAGUUCAAGCACAAGAAGGUUCCUCGUGGACCGCCUUCUCCCCCACCACCAGUUCAUCACUCGCCGCCACGCAAGCUGACCGCCAAGGACCAGAAGGAUUGGAAGAUCCCGCCCUGCAUCUCCAAUUGGAAGAACGCGAAGGGUUACACGAUCCCCCUGGACAAGCGACUCUCCGCAGACGGACGAAGCUUGCAGGACGUUGCAGUGAACGACAAGUUUGCGGCGAUCAGUGAGGAUUUGUACCUUGCUGAGCGUAAAGCGAGAGAAGAGAUCAAGAUCAGAAACGAUCUGAUCCGACAGAAGAAGGUUCGUGAGGAGGAGAUUCGCGAGCAGCAGCUCAGAGACUUGGCCGCGAAGGCACGGCAACAGCGUGCAGAGCUUGCGUCGGCGCCGGUUAAGGACGGGGAGGACACCAAAGAAGCUGAGGAAAGGCGACAGCGCAUGGAGGUGCUGAAAGAUCGGCAAAAGGAAAUUGAGAGAGACCAGCGUUUGGAACUGGCAGGCAAGAAGAACAAACGAGGCCGAGAGGAGGAUCGCGACGUCUCCGAGCGCAUCGCCCUGGGACAGGCCGCCCAGCCUACAAGCUCGGAAGCCAUGUUCGAUCAGCGUCUCUUCAACCAGUCGGCUGGCAUGGACAGUGGAUUCUCAGGGGGCAACGACGAGAAAGUCAGCGUUUAUGAUAAGCCCCUCUUCGCAGACCGAAGCCAGGCCGGGAUCUACAAGUUUGACAAAGAGCGGAUGGAGCAAAACGAGGGUCGCCUGGCUCACAUUGGCUCGACAGGGGGCAUGAAGACCAGGAGUUUUGCUGGAGCGGCUGAUGCAGACGAUGGUCCAAGCUCCAGCUCCCGACGCAAUGCGCCCGUGGAGUUCGAGCGCGAGGAAGCAGAGCCCAGGGAUCGUGCUCAAAGCAGUGGCCAGGGCCGUGCCCGAAGCCGCAGCCCAAGAAGAAGUCGGGAUGAUGAUUUCCCGUUGGAUGGUCUGCUUGAGGACACCACAAAGAAGAAAAGCAA